AUUCUGCAGAAACCCACCCCAGAACUCAAGCAUCAACUGGCUGCUUUCUCCAAGCGAGUUGCCGGCGCUGUGACUGAGCUCAUCCAGGCAGCGGAAGCCAUGAAAGGAACAGAGUGGGUGGAUCCAGAAGACCCAACCGUCAUUGCAGAAACAGAAUUACUGGGGGCUGCAGCAUCCAUUGAGGCUGCUGCUAAGAAGUUAGAGCAGCUGAAGCCAAGAGCAAAACCAAAACAAGCAGAUGAGACCCUGGAUUUUGAAGAACAGAUCUUGGAAGCUGCUAAGUCCAUUGCUGCUGCCACAAGUGCCCUGGUCAAAUCGGCUUCAGCAGCCCAGAGGGAGCUGGUGGCCCAAGGAAAGGCAGCAGGAAAUGCUGUGAAAAGAGCUUCAGACAAUCUUGUUCGUGCAGCCCAGAAGGCAGCUUUUGGCAAAGCUGAUGAUGACGAUGUCGUAGUGAAAACAAAGUUUGUGGGGGGCAUUGCUCAG